UCCCCAAAGUCCCCUUGUGCCCCUCCUGAUCCACAAUUUUCAUUCCAAAAUGGAGACGAAAAAUACCGAUACAUUCACCGAGAGAAUGCUGAGGAGGGCCUCCUCGAGGACCCUCCCCCGGAGGAGAAGAGUAAUCGAGGCGAUAAGCGACGAGCGUUACGACGUGCAGCCGGUGAUCGUCAACCACACGCAGCGCAAUUCCAUGAUUUCAUGCUUGUCGACUGAGAUUAAGGACCUGGAGCGGCAGAUCGAGUCCCUGGAGAUGGGGUUGGUGGCCGAGACCUCCGGGAGCAUUUACCCCGCGCUCUCGGGAGUGAGAGAGGCCCUGGAAGGGAACUCUGAGACGAGAGCGGCAAGAGCGAUCGGCGAUGGGGGGGAGGGCAUUGGGGAGACCCCGAGACUCCGGAGAAGGGGCCGCAGGCCCAAUAUGGAGUCCACCAGGGCCUCCCUGAUGACGAGCAACCCGGACCCCAUGACCAGCGCCGAGACCAAGAGCUCGAUCCAGGUCGAGAGCACUAUUUCCUCGAUUCGGGUCGCUGAGAGCAGGGAGGAGGGGAUACCGUACGAGGUGGAGAGGUUCCUCGAGGAUGCGCUGGGGGACGAGCUCAAUAACACGACCGUCACCUACGGGGGACAGUCGGGGGCCGGGGAGAGGACUAAUUCGCAUUUUAAUGCCAGUGAACUCAUUUCGGAGGAGAGGACACCCUUUUACAGGAGGAUCACGAGACUCUGGAGGGACGACAGGAGGGGCGACUGCUCGUACAAUGAUGAGACGUUCUCGAUAGGGGUCAGGGACAGCAGCACCUUGGAGCGGAGCUUGAAGAUGUACAGGUCACUCUCGCAGAGGAUUAAGAAGAAACUCAGAGCAGCGCUGAGAAGAGAAAAAUCCCCAGAGGUCCCCACCCCCGCAGAGCCCCUGGGUCAACUGUCCUUCGACAAGGAUCGAAUGGACAUGAUGGAGCACAUCCUGAAGAACAUGAAGAUCCAGCAGUGCAUGAUUCAACAAGCGAGUAAAGCCCUGCACGUCUGCCGAACGAGUCGAGAGUUCACAGGCAGUUCAGAGGAGGUGGAAUCAGAGCGUCUGCUGCUGAUCGCUGAGAUUCGCAAGCGUCUGCUCCAGGAGGAGCUGAAAAAGCUCAGCAACCCCUCAGAGGACAUUCCUCACGAUAGAGAGCCAUCGGACAUGACAGAAUGUGCAGAAGUCACCAUCGAAAACAUUAAUCUGAGUCUUCGUGAGUGCCUCAGGAGGGAGCCAUCGCCUGGUGAACUGGUGGAGUGGUUCGUAGUCGUCAUCAUCGAGGGGACCAACGUCUGGGGGAGUUCCCCUGUUCCUCGUCCAGUGGACUCGAUGCUCCUCGAAUUCUCAGACUUUGCGUGCACCAUUGACAACUUGAAGCCCAGUUUCAACAUCAUCCUCAGGGUUUACACCCUCAAAUUGAAGUCCGGGGGGGUUUACAAUCACGAGGACAAGUAUCACAUUGCCAGUCCCAGGCUGGAGAAGACUGUCACCUGCCCCUCGCCCACGAAAUUCCUCAAACGAAUCGAAAAACACACCUCUCCCAGGCCUCACCAUCACCAGGACACCUCCUCGUCCUCAUUCGCCAAGUCUGGACAGCUGAACCUGGGGCUUCACGACCUCGGACUCGCCUCGCCCUGGCCACUGACUGCUGUCCCUCAUGGCUCCAUUCUCGUUGGAACCGUCGACCUCAAUCUCUCCUGCAAACUUCACUUGUCCGUCUGCCAUCAGGGCUUCCUCAAUUAUGGAGAGGACACUGGGGGCUUCGUCACUUGGAACAGGCGGUGGUGCGUCCUCAAGGGGAAUAUUAUGAUGUUCUGGAAUUAUCCCAGGGAACAGGAGUCCAAGGCCCCUGUCAGGAGCAUUGAUCUCGUCCACUGCACCAAUGACAACAUCUCGGAAGUCAACAGGGAACUUUGUGCUAAACCCAGAACUGUUGUUGUGGAGACUGUGAGGGUGAGGGAGGUGGGCGAUGUCGAUAGCAUUUUGGUUAAUUGCAGACAGUCUUAUACGGUUCAGAGACACUUAUUAUCUUACGACAGUAGAAAAGACGUUCACGAAUGGAAAACAAAACUCAAUCACGUGAUUUCUGCAUUGAGAGAAUGGAACGUGACAUUUAUGAAGGAUGCCCCCAAGUCUCCGAUGGUUUCCGAACUUUAAACUAAACUUUUUACGCAAAACCAUGCAACUAUCAUGACCGCGAAUGAAUACAUUCAUGUAAAUAAAUAAAAUUGACAAUGUUUCAUGCAGCCGGGGAAAACAAUAAAAUUUAUAUUUCAUUUUUUCA